AUGGCAUUCCUCGAGGAUCCCCGCCUUCGGCAGCGAUGGAACCAGAUUUCACACACGACCGAGACGGUGACGGAGAAUGCAGCGGCUGGUAUCUGGAGCUUCGGCCAUACCUACAUCAACCCGUGUUUCGAUUCCAUCUCGGACGCAUGUGGAGGCUGCGUUGCGACAUGCUUUGGCGAUCGCGAGGAACGCGCGCGUCGAGCCCGGGAAGGGCGGCAUUCGCGCGGGGACGCCGAGUUCAGUUUUGACUUCUACGACGAUUGGGACCAGGAUCUCUAUAGCGACGAGCAAGGUGGUGGGAUCCUGCGCGGGUGGAGGAAUGAGGACUGGGACCGCCUGCUAGCAGGCACGGGCAAGCGUCAUAGGACUUCUGGCGGCGAGAUAGUGGACCAGCCGAGAUCCAAACAACGAGGGAUGAGCUACGGGACGAGGGGAAAUCCCAGUGGUGGCGGCGUGCGCAACACGGACACUCUUAAAGACGAUCCUACGGUGAUACCCAGCACUUCGGCCAUUGGGUUUCUGGGACGGCUGCCGUUCAAGAUAGGCGGCACGUUACGAUACAAGCCGAGUGCGGCCAAUCUGCAAGAGCACCCCGGCGCGUUUAAACAUGAGUUCGAAGGCGAGCGGGAGCCACUGCUUGGCUCUGCUGAAGGUCCGGCUGACCAAGACGGGGUUGAGCUCGAGAGUGAUGAAGAGUUCCUUGCAGAACACGUCAUCAUGCCAUCAAGAAAACGCAGUGGGACGACUGGGAGUGGUGAUACGAGCGACUCGUACCGGUCAAGAGGCGACCUGUUUCCCAGCGACGGAGAGGGCGAAGAGGACGCAGUACCACUGGACGACGAUCUGGCGUCCGUGCUUGGCCAUAUUGAUGACCGAGCCAGCAACAAGACGAGGAGCAGUAAAGGGAAACGGGUGGCAGGCAAAAUGCAUCGAACCGUCUCGAGAACGACCAUCGACUCUGUCCACACAAGACCAUCGAUACGAUCGCAUCCCAGUUUCAGCUCGGACACACGAAGUCCCAUGGUCGCGUCGAUACCAUCGCUUGCCGACUUGCAGCAAGAAGAGCAGACCCUGGAGAAGGAAGAGGCGCAGAUGAUUGAGCAGAAGAGACAUGCAGCAGCACAGCUUGCGCUCCGCAGGGGCCUGAGCCGCGAGGAUCUGACGAUAGAAUCUGUGCCUGAGGCGAGGACGGAGAUGGUCAAGGUCGGGGAGAUACCGGCACCGGAACGGGCCGUGGUGGAGACAAUUGGCCGGAGUACGUCGCCGCCACCUGCUGCUGCUCAUGCGGCCGAGGCGGACCGUGGCGUCGGGUCGCACAGGCAUACAGACGCGGUGCCGCCGGAGAGCGCACCACCCAAGGAGGAGGACAGGCCGGGGUCGAGUGAGUUUGUGCCAGCGCGGCUGCCGUACUUUCGGUAG